CUAGUGAGCCGGGCGUCUCCAAGCUCGUGUUGCACAUUUUCAUAUUUAUUUAUUUUAGCGUUUGACAGAGGGUUUUAUUGUAUGUGAAGAAGAGACCGGAGACACCCGAGUGCACAGCAUACGAGCAUGUUUAUUCAACUUCCAGACGCAGAGAACCACCUGAGCAAUGGACGCUAGACAUCCAAGCGUCUCCUCCACGGUGUCCUCCCCGGACGGGAAGGAGGAGGAGGAGGAGGUUCCUGACCCGCAGCUACGCUUCGUCUUUGGGGACGGCGUUGUCCAACCACAGACCCGCCGCCUGCUGCCGGAGGACGGCGAGCAACAGGAGCUCCCUGGGAGUUUCUCAAAAGAGACGUUACACCUGUGCAGAACUCAGCUGAAGCGCGUCACUGAGAGCAUCUUGAGAACCAGGCCGCUGAAGUAUUUAUAUCUUGAAGGCAACCAGAUAUCCAAUAUCCCAGAUUCAAUGUUCACCUUCUUGCCAAACCUGCUGUGGCUGGACCUCAGGAAUAACCACAUUACAUCCCUCCCGCCCAAAAUUGGCUCGCACAGGGCUCUGAACACGAUGCUUCUGGAAGGAAACCCCAUCGCAGAACUGCCACCAGAGUUGGGGAAUGUGAUCACCCUCAAGGGCCUGAACCUGAGGAACUGCCCCAUCCGUUUCCCUCCGCCACACAUUGUGAGCCAGGGGCUCCGCAGUAUCCUCCAGUACCUGAGGGGCGCCAUGGCGAUGCGGCCGGUGAGCCCUUCAGAGCUGCCGCCGGUGGAGAAGCUCCAGCUGUCGGAGCUGACGGGGUCCGGCGCCGAGGAGUCGGUGGACGAGGACGAGCUGCGGAGGUUCAGGGACCUCAGACACCGGAUGAUCCUGCUGGACGAGGCCGAGCUGAGCCCGUUGCCGAGGUCACGCCUUCUGCCCCCCGUCAAACGGAAGAAGGCAGCCACCAGAGCCGCCGCGGCUCCCCAGCUGGUCGACACUCGGCCGAGGAAAGAGGAAAGGAGGCAGGCGGCCGUGAAGGAGCUGACGGAGAGACGGGCCGUGGUGGAGCAGAGGAGGAAGAGCCAAGAGGCUCUUCGGAAGUGGCGUUCACAAGCCAAGGUCGCCCAGGAAAAGAAAACGCCCAGGAGGAAGAAGCACGCGGAACAAAGACACCAAGAGGAAGCAGAAGCGGAUUCAAAACCCGGUGUGGGUCUGGCCUUGUCCAUCCCAGGGGGUGAGGAGACCAGAUCCGCCCGCGAGCUGGAGCGGCGGAUCCGCGACCACGUCGACGAGAUACAGGAGAGACGCCGGAAUCCCAGGGGCACCAGCAGCGAGCAGAUGGCGGCGGCAGAGACGGACCUGGAGCAGAUGAGGCAGUUGCAGGCUCGGCUCCUGGAGAGGAAGAGGAAUCGGAGAGGAGAUGGUGGAAAGAGCUUCACGGUCUUCACCGGAGACACCUGGCCGAGUCUCAUCGACAAGUAGAUUUGAGACAAAUAACUUUAUGUAUGACCACUGCACUGCUCAUAUCAUUCAAAACAAAUAAAGAUCUCAUGCUGUUACUGGACAAGUGA